GUAUUUUUCGUGGAAACAGUAUUUAGUUGGUAUUUAGUUAGUAAUUGAAUUAUGGGAAUUUAGGCGCAUACAGACUGCAGUCACGCUGCAUACAAACAAGUCGAAAUUUUCUGUGCGAAAUAGCAGCAGCAGCAGCAGCAGAAUCAGCAGCCGCAGCAGCAGCAGCAGCAGCAGCCAGAAGCAAGCAGCAGACAAUUGUUGUCAUCGUUGUUGCGAAAGAGACGUGGCAAGGAUAUAUAAUUAACCUAUCUUUUUGCCCCAAAGCAACACUCUAAAGGACGCAGCACCAUGGGUGUACCAAAGUUUUUUCGUUAUAUCAGCGAACGGUAUCCGUGUCUCAGCGAAUUGGCGCGUGAGCAUAGCAUACCGGAAUUCGAUAAUCUGUACCUGGACAUGAACGGCAUUGUGCACAACUGUUCGCAUCCGGAUGACAACAAUAUACACUUUCACCUGGAGGAGCCGCAAAUAUUCCAGGACAUUUACAACUAUAUCGACAAGCUCUUCUAUCUGAUCAAGCCGCAGAAACUGUUCUUUCUGGCCGUCGACGGUGUUGCGCCACGUGCCAAAAUGAAUCAACAGCGCAGCCGACGCUUCCGUUCUGCCCGCGAGGCGGAGAUGCUCGAGGCGAAGGCGCUGCAGCGCGGCGAAAGGCGGGAACACGAACGCUUCGAUAGCAAUUGCAUUACGCCCGGCACCGAGUUUAUGGCCCGGCUGCAGCUCGGCUUGCGCUGCUUUUUGCGCACCAAAAUCUCAACGGAUCCGUUGUGGCAAAAGUGCCGCAUCAUACUCAGCGGCCAGGAGACGCCCGGCGAGGGUGAGCACAAGAUCAUGGACUAUAUACGCUAUAUGAAGGCGCAGCCCAAUUUCGAUCCCAAUACGCGUCACUGCCUCUACGGCCUGGAUGCGGACCUAAUUAUAUUGGGUCUGUGCACCCACGAGCUGCAUUUCGUUGUGCUGCGCGAGGAGGUGAAAUUUGGUCGCAGUGUGAAACGCACCUCCGUGGAGGAGACGCGUUUCUUUUUGCUGCAUUUGGGCUUGCUGCGCGAAUAUCUGGAGCUGGAGUUCCAUCAGUUGUCGACGCCCGAACAGAAACUGGAUGUGGCACAGCUGAUCGACGACUGGGUACUGAUGGGCUUUAUGGUGGGCAACGAUUUUAUACCGCAUCUGCCCUGCCUGCAUAUAUCCUCGAAUGCCCUGCCGCUCCUAUACAAGACCUACAUACGGAUCUAUCGUCAGCUGGGCGGCAAUAUCAAUGAGCACGGCAAACUGAAUCUGAAACGUUUGGAGCAGUUCAUGCUGGCCCUCAGCGAGGUGGAGCUGCAGCUGUUCAAGGAGCACAGCGACGAUCUCAAGUACAUGAACGCCAAAACGGAGGCGUUCGAUAUCGAUGUCGCCGACCUAAAGAAUGGCAGCUUCGAUGGAUAUAGCGACGAUCUGGCAGCACUCAUUGACAAUAGCAUGAAGCUUUAUGAGGGCGACAGCGAUGAGGAUUUUGGCGACGAGCGAAUGUCGUCGCGUUCCGAAUUCCAGAACUACAAGCGGAACUAUUAUCGGAACAAGUUCAAGAACGAGAUGCACAGCGAUUUGAUUGGAGAGCUGAGCCAUCAUUAUGUGACCGCGAUGCAGUGGGUGCUCGACUAUUAUUAUCGCGGCGUCCAGUCCUGGGAUUGGUAUUAUCCCUAUCACUAUGCGCCCUUCAUCAGCGAUCUGACCAACAUCAAGGACAUUCGCAUCAAUUUUAAGCUCGGCAAACCAUUUUUGCCCUUCCAGCAGCUGCUUGCGGUGCUGCCAGCGGCAAGUGUGAGCCUAUUGCCAGCGGCAUAUCACGAUCUAAUGCUCAACCCGAACAGUCCACUGGCCGAGUUCUAUCCGACGGAAUUCGAGAGCGAUCUGAAUGGCAAGAAGCACGACUGGGAGGCUGUUGUACUGAUACCGUUCAUCGAGGAGGAUCGCCUACUGAGGGCAAUGUCGGCGUGUGAGCCGCUGCUGAACGGCGAGGAGCGGGAAAGGAAUCGGCAUGGUCCGAUGUUUCAAUACGAUUACAGUGCCAUUUCGCAGGGUCCAAUGAAGGCGCUGGCGCCGCUCAAAUCGAUGCAGCACGUCUUCUGCACGGAACUGGCGCGCUGGGCACAAGAGAUUGCGAUCAAUACGCCGCGAACGGUCUGCGUGGAGCUGCCAAAUGCGGCGCGUCACGUCUUCUUUCCCGGCUUCCCGACCAUGAAGCACUUGCAGUUUAAUUUUGCGCUGCGUUACGAUCGGGUCAAGGUGUUCGAGCAGGCGAGCCGCAAUCAGAGCAUGGUGUUGCUCCCGAAGAGGCGCCAACAGCAGGACUCGCUCACGGCGGUGGCUUCGCAAUAUCUCGGCCAGGUGGUGCACAUUGGCUGGCCGCAUCUGAUCAAGGCCAAGGUGGAGAGCGUCGCGACAUACGAUCAAAUCGUCGACAAGGAAGGCGUGCGUACCAACGAUUCGCAUUAUUUCGAAUCCGACUGCAAAGCGCUCGAAGAACAUUUUACCAGCCGCAUGGGCAUCAAGUUUGCCAACUACCAUGUGCUCGUCUAUAUACGCACCUAUGCCGGCAGCUCUGUGGAUUUCGGUCAGCGCGGCAACGUAUUUAUGCAGGAUUCGUGGAACAGCUCGGUAACCCCAUAUCCGGCACAGGGCGUUGUCUCCGAUAUCACAGUGCGCGACAAUUUGCAUGUGCAGUUCCGGAAAAUCGAGGAGCUCUUUCCCGUUGACAGCACCGUUUUCUUUGUCGGCGAUCCAUAUGCGGGCAGCGAGGGCACCGUAUUGGAUCCAAUGCUUGUCUACACCUGUGGCCGUGUACAGGUUAAUUUGCGCGUCAGGCCGGAGCCGCAGCUGUUGGCCGCACGCCAGAUGCAGGAGCACCGGGAUCGUGACUACGUGAAUGCGUACAAGGUGUGCCGGGAAUUGGAUAUAUCCAGCAAGUGUCUGGGCCGGCUAACGGGGACCGUUUGGGUAGUGCUGGGACCGCGACGCGAACGAAUGGAUAAUGUGUCCAAGCACAAUAUUGGACUGCAGCUGAAGUAUCCGCGCUUGAACGAGGAGCGGGCCGGCUAUUGUCGCCGCCUGAACAAUCAAUGGUUCUACUCCAGUUUGGCCAUUGAUCUGAUUAAUGGCUAUUGUGAACUUUAUCCGUCGAUUGUGGACUACUUCUCGAGCAGCAAUGAUCGCGGCGACUUCAUUUACGAGGAGGACAUCUUUCCGGGUGCCAUCGGCCAGCAUCAUAUCGAGGAUGUUGCCAAUUGGGUGCGCCAGCAGCCGCACAUGAAAGUGGAUCGCAUCACGUGCGGUUCGCGUACCGUCUGCAAGGAGACUAUCGAGCUGCUGCUGGACGCUGCCGAUGAGCUGCAUCAGCUGCCGGUCAAGAAUGUCAAGCUGCAGGUGAAGCCACAUUUGUUGAUUAAACCGAACGUAACGCUGCCGGAUGUCUAUCAACGCCCGGCAGUGCGUCUAUUCGAUCGUGUCGUUGUCGUACGCACCAUUUAUAUGGUGCCCGUGGGCAUAACCGGCACUGUCAUUGGCAUACAUCCCGUUAGCGAUCCGAAUCCGGUGCGUCUCGAGUGCCUCAACGCCGUGGAGACCUUCUGCGAGCUGCUCUUCGACAGGUGUGUGGCCAACUGCGGCGACAUCCAUGGCAUUGCCGACGAGCGUGUCUACAAGGUGCCCGAAAGCGCCCUGGUCAUCAUCACUGCCAGCGACGCCAACGAGAAGCAGCUGCCGCCGCUGGUGCCGGCGGCGCCCGCUGCCCAGCAGCAGCCGUCGUAUCAGCUGAAGGCGCGCACGGAUGCAAUGCGUCGCGAUGGCGCGAACAACAGCAGCCGGGCGGGCGUUUUAUCACUGCCGCCAGCAGCAAAUAUAAUGCGAUCACUGAAUACGCACAUUGACGAUGAAUUCUAUUUGCCUGGCCCGGCAAGCGAUGCACCACCACCACCAGGCUCGUCCAGCACAUCUGGCGCGGCGAUGCGCUCGGCCAAGAAGGAAUCGCCGGUGGUGCAAAACUGGCGCACAAUGUCCACACAGGCGCCGCUGUCAUCGUCGGGCGCACGGGCAACGCCGCCAGCCAAGCACCCGGAUCAUGUCCAGCGUAGCCAGGGCGGCACUGCUGACGCCGCACCAGCCACGCCGCACGAUCAAACGCAGGCGCUCAAGCUGCUGCUCGGCCUGAGGCCGAAGGCCUCGUCGACGAAGGCACAAAAAACGUCAGCAGCAUUCCCAACGAAUCUGCCAAACCAAUCGCCGCCGUCGCAGUCGCACUUUCAGUCGCACUUACAAUCGCAGUCACUGGCCAACGUUCCGUCCACGUCGCAGCCGCUGCUCCAAGCGCCGCAGCCGCAGCCGCUGCUCCAAGCGCCGCAGCCGCAGCCGCUUCUCCAAGCGCCGCAGCCGCAGCCGCUGCUCCAAGCGCCGCAGCCUAGUCAAAUGCCUAAAUUGCCGCAGCCGCCGCUGUUCUGGCAGCGCGAGGCACAGCAGCAGCAGGCGAAGCUGCAAUCGGAGCUGAUCUCCUCCAAGCAGCAAUGGGACCAGAGGCCGCCGCUGCUGCUGAGCAGCAGGCCAAGCCUCGACGAGUUGGCAGAGGCGCCGGCAGCAGCAGCAGCACACCAGGGUACAACAGCUGAAAUCCUUAUGAGACAGUUGCUGCAACGUCCACAACAACAACAACAGCAACAACAACUACAACUUGCAUCGACAGCUUUGCCUCAGUUGCCUCAGGCUGCUGGGUUUAUGCCAGCGCCGCCGCCGCCGUCGGGGCUCAACAGCGGCUACAACAGUAGCUAUCAGCGCUACAACAGCAGCAGCAGCAGCAGCUCGAGCAACUAUUAUCCCAUCAAUAACAACAACAAUUACAACAGCAACAACAUCGGCAACAACAUCGGCAACAACAAACAAUAGCAGCAGCAGCAGCAACAGCAACAACUUUACGGCAAUGCCAAUCCGCGUCGCUCGUACACAUCGAUCCAGGACUUUGUGCCCAUACAGGCAUAUCGUCCCAAGAAGUCACAGCGUAACGCCCAGCCCUUUGGGCCCGCCGAGCAGCAAAUGGAAAAAUUGGAAACGGGCAACGGCGGCGUUGCCAACGAGGUCCAGCUCCAGGAGGCGAGCGGCUCAGCAACGGCACAAAACGCAGAGGAUGAGGCUAGCUCUGAGCUAAUGAGAACGCUCAAGAUAACGCCGCCGGACUCAGAGGCCAGCACAAGCGUUGCCGCUGUCAAAACGGAGGAAGCGGCUGUUAUUAAGCCAAAGGUGACCAGGAAGCCGCGAGUGCCGCGCAUCGGCGCCAAAUUCGACUUGGAGUACAUCAUGCCCUAAAUGACGAGACAGCUGUGGAAACUAGAAAGACUAAAUGAAGAAUCUACGAUAGAACAUUUUUAAUUUCGUUUCGUUUGGUUUAUUUUAUUUGCCUUUUGGUUUUUUAAGAUUCUAUUCAUUCCAUUCGCUCAUUGAUUCGCCCGCGUCUUAAGGGAAACUCUGAAAUUGCUUUUAGGCAUUUCUUUUUUGUUUUUUGAUUAUUGUUUUUCCCCCUCGAUAUUACUUUCAUUUCGUAUCUGGCAUCUACAACCGAUUGCUAGACUGCUCUAGGCGUAGAUAUAAAUAGACAUAAGUACUAUAUAGAGCGCUAACUGUAUACUAGUAUAUAUAUACAUCUAUAUACAUCUAUAUAUCUAUAUAUAUAUAUAUAUAUAUACAUGUAUAUAUAUGCUAGGCUUAUUUAUAUACUACUUGUGUAUAAAGCAUUAAUUUUGUAGACUCUUAAGCAUAAAGCACACACACAUAAAGAAUACAAUUGUGAAGCGAAACAAAUGUUUAACGCAACUUAUCCAUGAAAACCAAGUUUGUUAUGAAAACAAUAAAAAUCGUAGAAGAAAAUCCCCAAAAAGCGAUGAAGCUAGAAAAGAGAGAGACAGUUAGAUAUCGUGAUGUUUCUUCAAGAAAAACAACAACAA